AGUCUAGAUUACAAAAAGAACGAAAAAUCUUAAGAAAUAAGAAAAGUGAAGCAUUAAAAUCAUUAAAAUAAAGGAAUAAAAUACAAAACAAAACAAAAAAUUAAAAUGUCAUCAGCCAUCAAUAAUCACGACUACACAUCGUAUCAUCUACCACGUGGAUAUUUUAAGAGAAGAAAACCACCAGAUUAUAAUGAUGAUGAAGACAAUGAAAAUUCAACAUGUCCACCAUCAUUAUAUAAAAAAAAUAGUUAUAGCAUAAGAUGUAGAUUUAGUGAUAUGGGGCAUGCAAAUAAGAAUUUUCUUCUAUUGUGCACAUUAUUAACGUUAAAUUUAAUAAUAUUGAUGAAUGGUGUCGCUGGUGAUGAUCGAUUAAAGCGAGCUAUUGAGGAAGAAAUGCUUUCAACACCAAUUCCUCCAGCAUUGCCAAACGAUGGAAUUUGUAAAUCUAUCGAUGCGAGAUUCGAUUUAGUGAAAAUUCAUGCGUUAGCAGGAUGUCGAGUUGUAGAGGGAUCUGUCACAAUACUUCUUAUGGAUGAAAUUACAACAAAAGAUGUCGCCAGUAUAACGUUUCCCGAUCUUGUCGAAAUUACCGGUUAUCUUAUGCUCUAUCGAAUCGGAGGUUUUACAAGUCUAGAUCAACUAUUUCCCAAUUUGGCCGUAAUUAGGGGAAAAGAUUUGUUUAAGGACUAUGCGCUUAUUAUUUAUGAGAUGCUGGAUUUAUCGGAAAUUGGUCUUAAAAAUUUGUUGGAGGUCGAGAGAGGAAAUGUGAGGAUUGAGAAAAAUGAGCAAAUGUGUUUCACGCAUACAAUUCACUGGAAAAAAAUUAUUUCAAUGUAUGCCGAACCUUAUCUCGAGAAAAAUAAGUUACCGUCUCACUGUGCAAAUUGUCCAUCUGAAAAUUGCCAAAAGUCUCUUGAUGGAAAGACGACAUAUUGCUGGAGUGUAAAUCAUUGUCAGCGAUUAUGUACUAACUGCGUAACAAGUAAUUCUUGUUCACCAAACGGUACAUGUUGUGAUAAAAACUGUAUUGGAGGAUGUAAAGAUGGACAUCCAUCACAAUGUAUUGCAUGCAAAAAGUUUUCAUUGGGAAAAUAUCCGGAUAUCAAGUGUGUGGAUUCGUGUCCUAACGGCACAUAUGCUUAUCUUGAACGACGUUGCUUGUCUAAAGAUGAAUGCUACGAAUUGAAUACAUCGAAUCCUACAGACAGCAGUGUUUCCAGUCCUGAGCAUCCCUUUAUUCCAUUCGAUGGUAGAUGUAUUCGUGAAUGCCCACCAAGAUAUACAAAAAAUGGAACUGGAAAAGAAAUGACAUGUAAACUUUGUAACGAGACAUGCCUAAAAAGAUGUGUUGUCAAAACAAUUGUUGAUUCUAUCGAAACAGCUCAAGCUCUAAAAGGAUGUUCAAUUAUUGAUGGACCACUAGAAAUUCAAAUUCGUGGUACCGCUAAGAAUCCAGAAUCAGGGAAAAAUAUCGUGAAAGAACUUGAAGCAUCACUAUCAGACAUAGUGGAAAUUAAUGAAUAUCUUAAAAUUGCUCGCUCUCAUCCAAUUUUGUCAAUGUCAUUUUUGAAGAAUUUGAAAAAGAUACAUGGAAAACGUUUAGAAGGAGGCAGAAAUGCUCUCGUCGUAUGGGAAAAUCAUAAUCUACAAGAACUCUGGGAUGAAUCACAAAAAAUUGAAAUUCUAAAAGGAAAAUUAUUUUUCCACUUUAAUCCAAAACUUUGUUUCUAUAAAAUUGAACAACUCGCCAAUAAGAGUGUAACACCAAAUACAAAUCUUUCAACAAUUAUUGAAAAUUAUGACACAGCGAAAAUAUCAAAUGGCGAUAAAACACCAUGCAACGUCACACCACUAAAUGUCACUGUAGAGCAUAUAUACCCGCAAGCUGCACUUCUAUCAUGGGAUCCGUUAAAGUUAGAGGAUGAAAGAUCUUUACUGAAUUAUGUCGUGUUUUAUAUCGCAGCCCCAUAUACUAAUGUUACACUAUGGGAUGGACGCGAUGCAUGUGGAAAUGAUGGAUGGAGUGUAGAGGAUGUAAAUGACUUUUCUCAUAGUGAAAAAAUAUCUCAACCACUAACGAAACUAGAACCAUACACACAAUAUGCAUAUUACGUUAAAGCAUAUACACUUGCUACAGAGAAGACUGGAGCACAAAGUGAAAUUAAUUAUUUUACAACAAAGCCUGAUAUGCCUGAUCUUGUGAAAAAGUUUAAGGCGACACCACUUGGACCUGAUCGUAUUGAAGUUACAUGGGAGACAUUGAAAAAAGUUAAUGGUCGUUUGAAAAAUUAUGUAUUGAGAGCAAAAGCAGUCGAUCAAAAUGAAAACUUAAGAUUCCAACGAGACUAUUGUAAAGAACCUCUUGAUACUUCUGUAAAUCCUCAAACACAAUCAAAAGAUACUAAUAAAGAUACACCAAAAUUACCAUCAUUAAUUGCACCAGAUGGAACGUGUGAUUGUAAAGCUUGUUCAUUAAAAUGCGACAAGCAAACACCACAUAAUAUUGAAGAUCGCCAGUCAGCAAAUGAUUUUGAGGAUCAAAUUCAAGAUUUUGUUUAUGUUCGUCAUCAGGAUAAUGGAUUUGAAUCAUUCCCUAAAGAUCGGGCAAAGAGACAAGUCAAUGAUGAAUUUCCUGAAAAGUUAGCAGAACCGACUCCUUCACAUACUGAUCCUGAUACUUUAAGAAACGCAAGCGAUUUUUUCGAUGAUGAAAUAUCGUACAAUGAGGUAUCAUACGAGAUUAAAGGCCUUAAACAUUAUACAACUUAUGCAAUUAGCAUUCGUGCAUGUCGGGAUCAAGAAGUUGAUGAAAUUAAAACACCAGAAUCACAUGCUUGCGGACAUGAAGUCAAUUAUUAUGCAACCACAUUUAGGGAACCGUCAAAUGAUGACAUUCCUGGUUUUACUACAGAUAUCUUACCAAAUGCAUCAACGACUGAUGUUCUUGUUAAAUGGGAAUCGCCUAAAGAUCCUAAUGGCCUUCUUUUAACAUACACAAUUCGAUAUAAACGUGUUGAUAUUGAUCACACCGUUUCUCAAACAAGAUGCGUUUCAUACAAUAUGUUAAAUAAUAGUAAUGUUUUCAUAAUUCGAGCAUUAACAGCUGGUAACUAUUCUAUCGAUGUUAUGGCUACAUCGCUAGGUGGUAAUGGAAAUUAUACGAAGGCAAAGUACGUCCUAAUUAAAGAACAUGGAACAUUUAAUAUGUGGUAUAUUGUUGGAGGACUAGCUUUGGUGUUUGUCGUAUGUCUUGUUGUUCUGUUCUACUUCUUUAAACGUAUGUACAUAACUUCAAUAUCAAGCAUGAAAAUCAUUGCUACUGUUAAUCCGGACUAUGCGGGUGUAACAUAUCGUCAAGACGAAUGGGAAAUUCCACGUGAUCAAAUUAUUCAAUUGCAAGAAUUAGGAUGCGGAAGUUUCGGUAUGGUUUAUGAGGGCAUAAUAAAAGAUUUCAAAAUGACUGGCGAAGAGGUGAGAUGUGCAAUUAAGACAGUCAAUGAAAGUGCAACAGACAAAGAACGAAUUAGUUUUCUCAAUGAAGCAUCGGUGAUGAAACAAUUUGAUACUACUCAUGUUGUCCAUUUACUUGGUGUUGUUUCCCAAGGCCAGCCAAUAUUUGUCAUUAUGGAGCUGAUGGCAAAUGGUGAUUUAAAAGGUUAUUUGCGCUCACAUAGACCAGAGUAUGAUAACGGAACUGAACCGCCUCCUCAACCACCGACGUUGAGAAGGAUAUUACAAAUGGCAAUUGAAAUUGCCGAUGGAAUGGCAUACUUGUCUGCUAAGAAGUUUGUACAUAGAGAUUUAGCAGCAAGAAAUUGCAUGGUUGCAGAAGAUCUGACCGUAAAAAUUGGAGACUUUGGCAUGACCAGAGAUAUUUAUGAGACAGAUUAUUACAGGAAAGGCACAAAAGGUCUUCUACCAGUUAGGUGGAUGGCUCCAGAAAGCUUAAAAGAUGGCGUAUUUACAUCAAGUAGUGAUGUAUUUAGCUAUGGCGUUGUGGUUUGGGAAAUGGCAACGUUAGCAUCGCAACCAUAUCAGGGACUGUCAAACGAUCAAGUAUUACGAUAUGUCAUAGAAGGUGGUGUUAUGGAACGUCCAGAGAAUUGUCCAGACAAACUUUAUGAACUGAUGAGACGUUGUUGGCAGCACCGACCUUCAGGAAGGCCAUCAUUUAUGGAAAUUAUCUCAAUGCUUCUGGAAGAUGUAGGCCCCAGUUUUCAGACUGUAAGCUUUUUUCAUACGCCUAUAGGCCAAGAUGUUUGGCAUCAACUGAAUCAAGGUGAAUUAGCAGUUCUUGUAACUGAUGAUGUUACAACACCAUUGCGGCAAGAUGAGGAAGAGACUUCAAGUAUUGAUGGUAACCACUUCUUAAUGGAGGAAGUGAACAGUAAUCAUCAUCGACUUGAUGAUCUUUAAUUUCCACUUUUAAAUUUUUAAAUAUUUUUUUAUCUCGCUUAAACGCCGAAAAUAUGACGGAGAAGAUAAUAUAAAAUUUAUAAUUGAUAUGUGUGAGAAGCAAAAUUUAUAUUUCGGAAAAAUUGAA